GUCCGCCAGUCACCCUACGCCUUUCAGACCUAAUGUCCUCCCUGCUGGGCGACGUGGCCGUUGAGGUGGUGGCAGCAGCAUCAUUAGCUGCCGCUGCGUCUGUCGCGGCCUUGGGUGUACACUACAAAAAGCGCCAGCGUGAGACCGACGAGUCCUCAACCCCCGCGCCCAAGAAGCGUCGCUACAAGAAGCUUGAUGCCGCACAACCGAAACAUUCGGUGGUUGUUGCUAACGGCGUCGCCAUCAACACGGAGCCCGUGGUUGGGGAACUUAAGCGUCGUGCUGCGUCCACCAAGUGGCGUCACAAGCUCGUCUACACCUUCCUGGACGAUUUGGGCCGUGAGACCGUCAACUUAAGCUUCGAAGAUGUGGACCGUGCGGCUCGCAAAGUGGCCGCAGCGCUCCAACGUGACGCGCACGUGGUCAAGGGUGACCGGGUGGUGCUGUGCUUCCCCCCAGGUCUAGACUUCGCUCUGGCCUUCUGGGGCUGCCUAUACGCCGGCGUCGUGGGUAUUCCCGUGUACCCCCCUUACCCUGGCACUCUGGCCAAAGAUCUACCUAAGUUUAACCGUCUGGUGGAGGACUCGGGGGCUGCCGUGGUCCUCACCAACACGACGUAUCAUCUUGCCAGUAAGAUGGCUACAGUGAAAGGCUACUUCUCCACGUCCAGGACGUCGUGGCCCGCCAACUUGCAGUGGAUCACUACGAAUAGUCUUCCCGACUCGUUAGUUGCGCAAUACGACGAAGAAGAUGCUCUGUCAUUAACGUCCAAUGACGUGGCGUUCUUUCAAUACAGCUCGGGGUCCACGUCAGCUCCCAAGGCUGUGAUGAUCUCUCACGGUAACUUACGAGCGCAACUGAAGACGUGGGAGAGCAUUGAACCCACCGACACGAUGGUCAGUUGGCUGCCGAGUUACCACGACAUGGGACUGGUCGGAUUCAUCAUAACUCCAUGCGUCACAGCUGCGCGGUGUGUUAGUAUGUCUCCUAUUAGUUUCAUUAAAGACCCGGCGUUGUGGAUGCGCACUGCAAGUAAAUACAAGGCUACGCAUGUGUGUGCCCCGAAUUUCGGCUAUGCGUUGGCAGCUAGAAAGACUAGCGACAAGCAGGCGGCAGAGAUGGAUCUGAGUUCUCUCAAACAGACAAUCUGUGCGGCUGAACCCAUUCGUCGCGAGUCACUGGAGGCCUUUACGUCCAAGUUUAGUGGCUCCGGAUUCGAUCCGAAUACUUUCAAUUGUGGCUACGGAUUGGCGGAAGUCACUCUGGUGUGUACGGGCCAAGAGCCGCCUCAGCAGCCAACGCUAUUGGACGUUAACAAGCGCGUGUUGGAAACGCAACGUAAAGUUGCUGUUGUGAGCUCCAACAAGAAGGGAAAGAAACCCGAAGUGAUGCAACUUGUGGGUUGUGGUAAAGCCAUGCCCACAUUUAGCGUCGCCAUUGUGGAUCCCGAAACCAAGCAGCCAUUGGACGAAUUACAAGUCGGAGAAGUAUGGGUGCAGGGACCAUCAGUGGCAAUUGGCUACUGGAACCGACCGGAGUAUACACAGGAGAUGUUCCGUGCACAAGUGGCACACGAGAAGGACGCGACCAACACGUAUUUACGCACUGGCGACAUGGACCUGAUCAUCAUUCGUGGUCGGAAUGUAUGUCCUCAGGAUGUGGAAGCAUCUGUUGAACACGCGCACGAAAAUGUUCGUCCCGGAUGCACUGCGGCCUUUUCGAUCGAAAAAAGUGACGAGGAAGCGCUUGUCGUGGUCGCCGAGGUCAAGAACGGAUCCUCGCAGGAGACACUCGAGGAGAUUUGCCGGGAGAUCAUCAAGACGGUCCUGUCGGAGCACCAAUUGAAGUGCGAAGCGAUCGUUCUGUUGCGUCAGAAGACGAUCCCGAAGACGACGAGUGGCAAGAUCCAACGAAGUGCCUCCAAGGCUCAUUUCUUGGAUGGCACACUUGCUAAGCCUUUAUUCGAGUACAGAGCGAAGGCAGCGGUGAAGACGUCGGACGAGAUCCUCGCGUGGCUAUUAGAACAUGUGGCGCAGGAGAUGGAGAUGCCCACAGGAGAGUCGUCUGACGGCCAGAAAGCAACUGCGAAUGCUGCCGAGAUCGACCCAAACACACCGUGGGCCAUGUUUGGUAUGGAUUCCGUGGCGAUUGUGGGGUUAUCGUCGGAUCUAGGAGAGUUUCUGGGUUGCAUUGUGUCUCCUUCGGCGUUUUUCCAAUACGACACGCCGUUGAAGCUCGCCAAUGCCCCCGGAUUGGCGACGGGAGACCUCGCGGGCGACCAGGAAGGUGACGACCAAGCUGGUGCUCAGACGGCCACGACAGUUGCCGAGAUCGACUCGAGUUGCUUUGAAAUCGAAAAUUUCCCCGAAGUUCAGGGCCUUUUUGGACAAAUGAAAGAGUUCGAGAGUGCCGGACUACGUGUACCGUUUCUGGAGACGCUGACGCCGGCGAAGCGUCGCAUGACGAACUUCAACACGUACAACUAUCUCGGCAACGCGUCGGACCCCGAGGUUGCUGCGGCUUCAAAAGCAGGAAUCGACGAGUACGGUACGACGAUGAGUUCGUCGCCUAUUGUGGGUCAGACGCAGGUGAAUGUGGACUUGGAGACGGCGCUGUGUACGUUCUUUAAGGCGGAAGCCAGUGUUCUCUUCGUGGGCGGCUGGGUGUCCAAUGUCACGACGAUCGAUGCGUUGGUGUCUAAAGGUGAUCUGAUUCUCUGUGACGCGCUUAAUCACGACUCGUGUGUGAGUGGCCAACGUCUCAGUGGCGCCACUAUCUUGCCGUUCCCGCACAAUGACACGAAGGCUCUGGAACGUAUGUUGUCGAAGCUUCGUACCAAGUAUCGACGUGUUCUUAUUGUCGUUGAAGGGGUCUACAGCAUGGACGGUGACGUCCCGGAUGUCCGAGAGAUGAUUCGUAUCAAGAAAAAGUACAAGGCGUUACUGUUCAUGGACGAGGCGCAUUCGUUCGGUACGAUGGGCGGUACUGGGCGCGGUAUCUGUGAACACACCGAGGUGGACCCGAAAGACAUUGAUGUACGUAUGGGUACGAUGAGCAAGGCCUUGGGGUCCGUUGGAGGCUUCAUCCUUGGCUCGAAGGCGCUGGUUAAAUACCUCAAGCAUUGUGCUGGAGGCUUCGUGUUCUCGGUGGGCUUAGCGCCGGCGUGUGGCUCUGCUGCGUUGAAAUCGUUGCAGCUGAUGACACAGAGUCCGUCACGUACGACUACUCUACAGGAGCGUAGUAAAUGUUUCUAUGAUCUGUGUAAGGAACACAACAUUCCUAUGGGGGAGACCACUUUCCGUGGUGCUCCAGUGGUCGUGGUGAUGAUCGGAAGUACUAUUGCGACUGCCAAAGCGUCCGAGUUCUUGGCGGUGCACAAGAUCAAUGUCAAGCCGAUCGUCAGUUGGAGGAUACGGUCCUUGCGCUGA